GCUGACAGAGACAUAGCAUUUUUUGGCAAGUCUGUAUGUGAUACAUAGUUGACUUUUCGAAGAAUGUUGUGUUCAUAUGCUUAUAAAUAUCCAUGCCAAUAGACAAGUAUAGCAUUCAAAAUAAUUCUUAUUGGUGAAAUUUUUCACCCAAAGUCUUGGAGAAUUGUAGAGACAGAGAGGAAGCUUGGAAGUCAGCCAUAAAUCAUCAUUCAUAAUAACACAUUGCUUUUAUUGAGAUGUUUGUACAGUGUUGAUACUAUUUGAUCAAUAUAAAUUAGGAGAAAUUUAAUCUCCUUUUUUCUUCUUUAUGAUUAUCUGCCAAAUGGCAGAGCUGAGGGGAUUGUAGCUCCAUCAAUCCCAGAUUUCAGGACUAAAGAGGUGAUGGAAUAUUUUUCAAUUCAAUUAAAAAUACUAUCAGUCAGAAACGUUGUGAUCUUUUCAGAUGGGGCACAUGUCCUCAACCCAGGCUGCAGUAGUGAAAAGGAUGAACAAUGUAACAGAAUUCAUCUUGCUGGGCCUGACUCAGAAUCCAGAACUGCAGAAACUCUUAUUCCCUGUGUUUUCAAUCACCUACUUGAUGACAUUGGCAGGUAAUCUGCUCAUCUCAGUCACUAUCUUCAUCAGCCCAGCCCUGGGAUCUCCCAUGUACUUUUUUCUGUCCUGUUUGUCCAUUAUAGAUGCUUUCUACUCUUCCUCCAUAACUCCCAAAAUGAUCUUUGACUUGAUCUCUGAGAAAAACACCAUAUCCUUCAAUGGCUGCAUGACUCAGCUCUUUACUGAACAUUUUUUUGCUGGAACUGAGAUCAUUUUGUUAAUGGCAAUGGCCUAUGACCGCUAUGUGGCCAUCUGCAAGCCCUUACACUACACAACCAUCAUGAGCAGGCCUCUGUGUAGUUUCCUGGUUGGGAUGGCUGGGAUUCUGGGUCUUAUUCAUGGAGGGAUCCAGCUUUUGUUCAUGGUCCACUUACCAUUUUGUUGCCCCAAUAUCAUUGACCAUUUUAUAUGUGAUUUAAUACCUCUCCUGGAGCUGGCCUGCACAGACACUCACACUUUGGGGCCCCUGAUUGCUGCCAAUAGUGGCUCAGUAUGUUUGUUCACCUUUUCUAUGCUGGUGGCUUCCUAUGUCGUCAUCCUCCACUCAUUGAGGUCUUACAGCUCUGAAGGGCGCCACAAAGCCCUCUCUACAUGUGCUUCCCAUGUUACUGUUGUCGUCUUAUUUUUUGUACCUUGUUCAUUCCUGUACUUAAGACCCAUGACUUCCUUCCCUGCUGACAAAGCUGUGACUGUACUUUUCACCCUAGUAACUCCUAUGUUGAACCCUUUAAUCUACACCCUGAGAAAUGCAGAAGUGAAAAAUGUCAUGAAGAAGCUCUGGGGUCAAAUAAUGAAAACCAAUAAUUAAAUAAAUCUUGCUAUUGAAAUAAUUAAAAAAAAAAAUUUCUGAUUAAACUUAGGACAGUUAUUUCUCCUAUCUGGAUCAAUUUGCUUCAGGAGCCCACAUGUUGUGGGCAGGGUUGACUUUUUCACAGUAGACACAGUGCCUAGAGCUUCAAACAGUGGAAUUUUUCUGUCUAGAAUAUUUCAUUUUUUGAAGAUAAUGGUGC